AUGACUGGCUCAGAUGGGAUAUCCUCUUCGUUGAUCCCAUUCGUUUGGACGGACUUGACUGAGCUCUCCGCCACAACCACCAUCGAAACCACCAUUACCCAAACCGACACCGGUGCACUGCUCAUCACUCCUACUGUCAGUGUAGUCGUACAACCGAAAGGCUAUUGGUGGCGGAACCAACUACUUGGACCUCCAGUGACACCACCCGGUCCGCAACCAAGGAGUACGACUGAAGUCGUUGCACCUCCACCAGGCACCAGUGGAGGCCCAAAUCCUCCACCUGGAACCCCCACGCCUGUCAUCUCAACGUCAAGCUCGACCGAUGCUGGCGGGGUAGUUGUACCGGUACCUAUCACUCUGACGCCUCCUGGCCCACCUCAAAAUCCAGAUCCUCCAAGCCCAGACAAUCCAAGCCCGGAUCCCAGCUCUGGUCCAAUACCAGACAGCCCUUCCAGCCCAAUGCCUCCGCCAGGGACCCCAACCCCAACCCCUCUAAUCUCAACAUCGAGCUCAACUGAUGCGGGUGGAGUGGUUAUCCCAGUACCUAUCACUUUAACACCUCCUGGACCGUCACCAAAUCCAGAUCCAAGCGACCCAGAUCCAAGCGACCCAGAUCCAAGCAACCCAGAUCCGAGCAACCCAGAUCCGAGCAACCCAGACCCAAGCAACCCAGACCCAAGCAACCCAGAUCCGAGCAACCCAGAUCCGAGCAACCCAGACCCAAGCAACCCAGACCCAAGCAACCCAGACCCAAGCAACCCAGACCCAAGCAACCCAGACCCAAGCAACCCAGAUCCUUCCAAUCCGGACGACCCUUCCAAUCCAGAUGAUCCUUCCAAUCCGGAUGAUCCACCCAGUCCAGAUGAUCCGAACCCCAACCCUAAUCCAAAUCCUAAUCCAAAUCCUAAUCCAAAUCCUAAUCCAAAUCCUAAUCCGAACCCAAACCCCACUCCAGAUCCUGACCCCGAUCCAUCAAACCCUCCUCAGCCUAGCAAUACAGGUAGCAACGAUACCACAAAAACAGGUGGCGGAGGCGGAGACCCCACGCAGGCUCCUAGCCCCACGGUACCUCCAGAGCUUGACUGUGACGAACCGAAGACAGCAGACCAGUGUACCGCAUCCUGCAUCGCCAGUACUGCCAAUCCCGACACGACCCUGACCACAACAUGUACGACGACUGUAUGCCGCAAAGACAUCGCUUGCAACGCGGCACCCACUACCGUGUCUGAAAUCCUCACAAAACAGGAUAAUCCGGCUUGUACGCUAGCACCUUCCCUUAGCCCAGACGGACCCAGGCCGCUUGCGGAUGCUCAGGCGAUCUUGAACGGGGCGGAUGCUAUCGAAGAUAUGCUGGGCAAGAUCGAUCCGGGUUUAGUAGAGGGUGGAAACGCGACUGCGAGUCCGUCCGCGACACUCGUGCUGACAACGAUGGCAACGGUCGUCUCUUCGACGACUGUUGAAGCACCUCCGCCACCAUCAACAUCCGAGGAACCACCACACCCUCCUUCAACGUCUGAGGAACCUCCACCACCCCCUCCCUCGCCAACACCACUGCCCCCGGUCACAGACAGGUGGACAAUGCACAUCCACCAGCAAAUCAUCGGCGACAUCUGGGAAAUCGACUGGACCCUCACCGACUCCAACGGCCAGGACCGCAACAAGGGCGUCGGCUCCCCCAUCACAGCGCCGGAUCUCCCUAACACCAUCGACAUGAAAGUAUGGGAUCCGCUGGACAAAGACAAGACGCGCAUCCAGUGGGAGUAUACAGAAGGGUGUCAUGCGAUGUGGAGCACGGGCGGGAAUGAUGGCCAGGGGCUUCUCGGCGGUUGUGGGGAGAAUGGGGAUUUUGAAUGUGAUGAUCAGAAGGUGGAGUGGACGGCGUAUGGGAGCGGUUGGGAGAGGUCUUUUGAUUGUAGAAUUAGGAGUGGGCUGUUUAGUGUGGUUGGGAGGGAAGUAACAGGAAAUGAUGGAGAUGUGUAG